AUGUGUCUCAACACAAAGCACCUUACUACAGCACCAGGGAUGGACACAGCGUGCUCAACCACCAAGAAACUCAAGGUUCUCAUCUUGUUGCUACUCGUCUCUCAUCUGGCCUGUGACGCUCAGGAGGUUGCCAACUCUCGCAGACAGAAAUCCCACUCCUGCCGUCUUUACGUCCUGCUCUGUCGCUCAGGUAAUGGGACGGGGACAAGGGGACCCCUCACUGAUGACGCAGCCGCUGGAAUCCUCACACUCAGUAAACGGAAAGAAACUGAUGAACGUCGCUUCCAGAGCCGGUUGAGUCAGCUACUCCACGGGUCACGGAACCAAGCGGCGGGAAUCUUAACGAUGGGGAAGAGGACCGAAGACACAGCAGAACCGCUCAUGCGCUUGUUUCCCAUUUUAGAGACGGACCUCACUACCACAGCCCAAUUGGUUUUACAACUACCAUUCAAGUGA